CAAGGUUUCCUCAGUUACCUUUUAACAGACUAUUUGACUUUGAAUUCCUAUCAUCACAAUCAUUUUUUAUAAGUCUUUGAAAGCGUCCGCCAAUUUAACUCACAACCAGCUUUCGUAUUAUUACAAGAAUGUUAAUUAGUACAAUCCUUUCACUCUUUGCUUUGACAGCACCAAUCAUCGAAUCCCACUCUUUACAUUCGAAGAUUUUAACCCUAAAUAAACGUACAAUAGAUCAAGAAUCACUCACAACAGAUUUUCAAGAUUGUGAAACGAGUUUAGAAAAUUAUAUACCUAUCUUUACAGACGCAACGAAAUGUGGUGAUGAUCAGAAGAUCUUGAGUGGUUUAAUCGAUAUUAGACAGUCAUUUGCUUCUUUAGGAUCCAAAUGUGGAGUUGCUGCUUCUGUUGAUGCUAACUUAGCUUCUACUCUAUCUAACCUUUUCUUUGAAUGUUUAACCCAACUUCAAAUCUUGAUUAAAAUCCUACACGGUAGUCCUCACUUUUCAACUUAUGAAGUCGGGUUACUUAGACUUCAAUUACCACUAAACAUAUUAGUUUCCUUCUUAAAGGUGGGAGGAGUAGAUAUAAACUCGAUGAUAAAUUCUUAUGGUGACUCAAUAGAUCCUAGUUUCAUGGUCAAAGUAGGUAUCAAACUUAAUUUAGCUACCUUACCUGGUAUUAAAAUCGUUCAAGAUGCUGUAGAUAGUGUCUCGAAGAAAGUUCUAAAUAAUGGGAAGGUUGUAAGUGAUACUUUUAGUAUACUCGGUAUUUUUUAAAUCCUUUUGUACUACUCUUUACAUCUCCAUUUCUUUCAAAUUUUGUUUCUGUGACCAACAUGAUCAAUAUGUUCUCGAGCCUCUUCAUCUUUUGAUUAUUUGUGGUCCGAUCUCAUUCUAAUAUUUCAAGAACAUUUACUUUGAUUGUCUUACUUAUCUUUGUCUUACAUUUCUUUUAGUUUUUCAUUUCAUAUCACAUUUGAGAAGUCAUGAUUUAUUGCCCAUAACACUAUGUACUUUGAAGACCGGGUUUGCAGCCAUUGGCUGCAACCUGACUUUUCUUGGUAUCUCAAACAAUUUUGGGCCGCAAACAAAAAUCAAACUACCUCUGUUCAUCUUGC